AUGCGGGUCAACCUCGAAGGCACCAAAACAGAGACUAGCAAUCUAGAAGUCAACACUGGGUCUGAGCUUGCCAACAAAUUCUCUGCUAACGCUUCUCUGAGCGCCACUUUCCUGGGGGUCUCUGCAAAAGCUUCUGGGGAAUAUGAAUUUGAUACAGCCCUCAAGACUGAUGACUUCUAUGGUGUAUGGGCGAUGAAUCAAACAGUUUAUUCUGUAGCUCUCAAACCAGGAGAUGCUCGAUCAGACUUCAUUGAUCCCCGUCAUAUCUCUAAGAUUUUGAAAAUGAAUGAUUGGGAUAUUACCAACACCGGUAUUCGUGAUCAGUGGAAGAGGUUUUUCCAAACAUACGGCACACACAUUAUUCAAGAAGUAUUUUAUUGCAAUCGUUAUCAAAUGCGAGUUACAAGUAGCGAUACUUCGUCCUUGAGGAAAGAGCGCUGGAAAGCUGCUCUCGAGGCCGAUUACAAGGGCAUCGUGAGCAUGAGCGCCGAGGUGGCCAAUGAGAAUGAGCUAAGCACGUACCGAAAAACGAAACAAGACUUUGUCUCAAUUCAUGGAGGUGCGCCAGGGGAGAGCGCCAUUCUAGGUGACGAUCCUCGGAACGCCGAAAAGUUCGAGGCAUGGGCAAAGACCUUGAAUGAAGCCAAAAACCACAAUUUGGGCAACGUUCAGAUCAAGACUAUCUACAACCUUUUGGAUGAUAGUGACAAUGAAGAUCACAUCAAGGCAGCUAACAAAAUUAAAGCCCCGCUGGAGCAUUUUCUUGGGGGUCUUGCGCUACAAUUUACUAUCGGUUUGACAAAUACUCCACUGGAGAGGGGUCUAACUUGGCCGAAACGAGACCCUCUUCUAACUAUCUUUGCGCUUUCUUGGCCUUCGCCCUCUACCUGUGAUUGUCGAAUUUCUGUUGAAAGCGCUGGCUACGGCAUGCAAACUUGGAUAAGGGAAAUGCCUGGCUGGACUGGACUCUUUAUCAGGCGUGAAUGGGAGGACGACCAGAACUUUGUUCAUUGGCCCGUUGAGAUUCAGAUCGAGAUACCGCGCAGAAAAGUUCGAGUUGCUCUUGGAGCAAGUGAAUGGCUUCCUGGCGGCGAAUGUAUGUUUGGCGCAUACGGUCGCACUACGAAAACGAGAUUUACUGUGCGAGGUGCCGGAGCGUUGAACUAUGUAUCACAUGAAUUGAUCAAUCUCAAGGAGAGCGGCGAAUGGACCCUCGAACAACCUGGUCCGCUAAAAGAGUGGCUAGAUGAUCCACAAAUCCCAGCCCUUGCCGAUUGA